AUGAUCAGUCCUUGCCUAUCUUCUUCGAACAGUGACCAUGGAACAUUAUUUACAGCUUCACUUGCUAAAGAUUUGAGGGUUUCAGGUUCGGUUUUGGAAAACAAACCGACCCUUUACACGACUCGGCGUUUUGAGUCUAUUAGGCCCGAUCAAAGGUCUGAUGUGAAGUAUAGUGCGAACCACAAGCAGUUUUUGGAUUUUCCAGGAGGAAAGGUUGCAUUCACCCACAAAAUGAGAUUUAUAUCUGAAUCUCCCGAGGAGCGAAUUCCCUGCUACCGUGUUCUUGAUGACAAUGGUCAGCUGAUAGAAUGUAGCAGCAAUGUUGGGGUCAGUAAGGAAAUUGCUGUAAAAAUGUACAGUGACAUGGCUACUCUUCAAACCAUGGACACUAUCUUUUAUGAAGCCCAGAGGCAAGGAAGAGUUUCAUUCUAUGUGACUACAAUCGGAGAAGAAGCCAUUAAUAUUGCAUCAGCGGCAGCUCUUACCAUUGAUGAUUUUGUUGUCCCUCAGUACAGGGAGCCUGGAGUUCUAUUAUGGCGUGGUUUCACCCUUCAAGAAUUUGCAGAUCAAUGUUUCAGUAACAAAGGUGAUGAUUGCAGAGGCAGGCAGAUGCCUGUCCAUUAUGGAUCGAAAAAGCUUAAUUACUUUACAGUAGCGUCAACAAUUGCUUCACAACUUCCGCAUGCAGUUGGUGUUGCAUAUUCUCUGAAGAUGGAUGGAAAAGAUGCCUGUGCGGUCACUUAUUUUGGUGAUGGUGGCUCAAGUGAGGGAGAUUUUCAUGCUGCUUUAAAUUUUGCGGCGGUUACGGAGGCCCCAGUCAUAUUCAUCUGUCGGAACAAUGGAUGGGCUAUUAGUACUCCUACUUCAGACCAGUUCCGAAGUGAUGGUAUUGCUGUCAGAGGGGAGGCUUAUGGAGUGCGAAGCAUACGUGUAGAUGGUAACGAUACUCUUGCCAUGUAUAGUGCAGUUCGUGCUGCUCGUGAAAUGGCAAUAUGUGAACAAAGACCAAUCUUAGUCGAGGCUCUGACAUAUAGAGUGGGACACCACUCCACAUCAGAUGAUUCCACCAAGUAUCGUCCAGUUGAUGAGAUCGAAUUGUGGAGAUCAGCGAGAGACCCUAUUAAUAGAUUCCGUAAAUGGAUAGAAAGCAAUGGUUGGUGGAGUAGCGAUGCUGAGUCAGAGCUUCGAAGCAAUGUGAGGAAGCAGCUAUUAGAUGCAAUUCAAGUAGCAGAGAGAACAGAGAAGCCUCCAGUAGUGGACAUUUUCACAGAUGUAUAUGAUGUUCCUCCAUCCAACCUCAGCGAGCAAGAGAAAUGGCUUAGAGAGACCGUCAAAAAACACCCACAAGAUUACCCUGCAGACGUUCCUCUGUAA